AUGAAUAAUGUGCCAUUUAUGAUGAAUCAGAUACCAAUGCAAGGCGUACUAAAACCUCAGUAUAGAUUGGAGACUUAUGAUGACAGAGAACCAUUUUCUGUAUACUUAGAAAAAUUUGAGCUUAUCUGCAAAUUAAAUAAUAUUCCGGAGCAAGAGAAAUUAUAUCACUUAAGAUUGUCUCUGAAAGGAAAGGCAGCACAAGAAGUAUCCUUGAGAAAUGACAUUAAGAACAAUUUUACCAAAUUAGUUGAUUAUUUACUAGUUAAUUUCAAUGGUUCAGAAUCUAUAGCAGCUGCAAAGCAGAAACUUAAUCAAAUCAGGAGCUUCAAGCACACUGAACUUACUGCCAAUGCUAAAGAAAUUGCUAGGUUAAUUGACGUCAUUUAUAUAAAAGAAUCUCCUCAAGAAAGGUUAGAAAGAAAACGAACAAAGUUAGCUGAGUGUGUACCUGAAGGUAUAAUUAGACAUACCAUAUUGCAUGGGCGCCCAGAUGAAGAGCCUUUUGAUAAAACUGUCUUAGUUAUUCAAGAUCUUUGGGUGCUUCCAAAGAACACCCAAAAUAAUAAAAUUACAAACCAUACUAGUAAGGAAGCUGGUUAUGAUAAAAGGAAAGUGAGAAAAGAUAUAAUUUGUAAUGGCUGUGGAAAACCAGGACAUUAUGAAAGAGAAUGUCGAACUGUUAAGAGAGAAGGAAUUGUUAAGGAGAAGGAGAAAAUGAGAGAAGCAAAUAGAAUGCAAGUUGAACCAAAUUCCGCAUAUGUGGAAAAGAGUGAUACAAGUUUUUGCAAAGAACCACCAGAGAAUGCCAUGAAUAAACAAAAAUCAAAUUUACCAAUUAUACAAGCUACGUUAAAUAAAAACAUUGAAGUAUCAUUAUUACUUGAUACAGGUUCUGAAAUUACAAUAUUACCUAAGAAAUUCCUUGGUGAAGAAAAACUUAACUUAAGGAAUGGAGUGAAUGUUAAAACAAUAUCUGAUAAUAAAUUGUUAGUGUAUGAAACGUUACACCCUGUUUCUAUAAAAAUUGGUAAUCAAGAGAUUAGAAGACCAAUUUAUGUUAUUGAAAAUGAGAUGAAGAACCAAGAAUAUAAUGGUAUCUUGGGUAUGGACAUAAUCAAAGACAUAAAAAUAUCCAUGAAUAUGAAGGAUAAUAUGUUAAUUGUGAAUGAUAUACCAUUUUCAAAAGGAUAUACUGAAGAGGAAGUAAAUAUUCUUAUUCUUGACCUAGUAACUCCAAACAGCACCUAUGUAAAUCAGUUGAGAGAGGAGUUCAAGGACAUUAUUGCAAAAGAUGAGUUUGACCUGGGUGAGGGAAAACCUAAAUGUUCUGAAAUAAAGCUAAAAGAAGGAGCAACCUUUGGUAGACCGCAAAAUAUUUCAGUAAAGGAAUCAGACAAACCUAUUCUUAAAGAGUAUCUUGACAAACUUGAGAAGGCCAAUGUGAUCAAGAAAGGAAUUAGUAAUUUUGCUCAACCAAUAAUAAUAAUAAUACCAAAGAAAGAUGGUAGGAGACGUAUAAUUGGAGACAUGAGAGAAAUAAACAAAAUCGUUAAACCGAUUUUUUACUCUCCUCCAAUGAUUCAACAAACUAUCCAAAAAAUGUCUGGUUGCAAUUACUUUUCAAUUAUUGACUGCAACAAUGCAUAUUUUCAAAUUGGCAUACCUGAAAAUUCAAAACAGUACCUAGCAGUGAGAACACCUUAUGGUACGUACUUAUUUAAUAGACUUGUUCAAGGAUAUAUAAAUUCAUCUGCUGAAUUUCAACGUAUAGCUGAAACCUUUAUAGAAGGUUUUGAAGACUGUGCUUCAGUCUAUAUAGACGACACAAUUAUACAUACAAAAGGAGAUAUUCAACAUCAUUUUGAUAUUAUUAAGAAAAUAUUAAAUAAUUAUCGGAAAAAUGGAAUUAAGAUCUCGUUCAAUAAAUGUUUGUUUGGUGGUACCAGCGUUAAGUACCUGGGUUAUUAUAUAAAUAAAGAUGGAUGUGUUCCUCAUGAUGAUAACAUAAGAAAUUUUUUAAGCCGCCCGUUCCCUAAGAACAAGAAACAGUUGAAAGGAUUUGUAGCGAGUGCUAAUUAUUUUAGGGCCCAUAUAAAGAAUUUUGCUUAA